AAUUUUUCGGAAAAAAACUAUUUUUUUCGUCAAAACCUUUUUUUUUCUGAAAUUUUGAUCCCUAGUAGUGAAUAUAACUAAUCAAGACGUGUUUUAAAUUCGCCACGCUUAAGUUCAAUUAUCUCUCAGACUAUUUUAUGAUACAUAAUAUCUAUAGUUAAAAGACUUAAAUUAAAUAUAAUUUAAUGUCCUAUACAUUUAUAUCAAAAAUCGUAGAGCCGUUUUUAUACGUAGUUUGGCCUUUGGUGGAGUGUUACCUUUCCGUGUAUUAUUCAAUGUUAUCUUGAUAAUAUAUGUGAUAAUCAUGUGACAAUUAUAUAUAAUAAUAUGAAAAACAAGUUAAAUAAAAAUAAAUAACACUUAUGUAUAUAUAUAAGAUAGUUAUGGACAUUGAAAUACAAACUAUGACAAGCAAAACGUCAAUAAAGAUUAAACAACGUUUUACCAUAUAAUUCGAAAAGUAAUAUAUAUAUUUUUUAGUAACUAGUUAUUGUGAAACUAGGUUUAACGCGUUGAACACGUUUGUUUGUGUAUUACAGGUACUCAUCGGAAGCAGAGAGCAAAAAAAGGAUAAACCAUGAAGCAUUACAUUAUUAAUUGUAUGCUUAUACAAUUUAUAUUUAUACCUAAUUAGUUUGGGUUCGUUUGUUGAUUUACAACUGUUUUCCAAUUCUCCAAUCGGUCCUUACCGAAUGGUAUUCAAACAGGUUUAUAAUUGCAUUCCUACCCAGAAUGCCAAAAUUCAGUUUAACAUGUCUCUAAGUCACAAGGAUAAUAUUCCAAUGCUUGUUGCAAAUUCAUCCAGUACUAUACCAUUUGACGACAAUUUAUCCGUGGAAAUGAAAAUGGCUCUCAAAGAUUCAUCUGGCGUUUGGAAAGAAAAUGUAUUCAUACAUAAAUCACCCAAUGCAUGUUCAUCAUUAAAACGAUUAUUUGGAAAAGGAUGGCCUGAAUUGAUUCAUGGUUAUGGCUAUCCAACUAUCAAUUGUCCAAUACCUCCGGGUGUUUAUAUAUCUCCGGGUAUGAAUAUGCAGUCAAUUUGUGAAAAUGCCAAUUUUCCAAAAAUGUUUAUUUAUGGAACAUACAAAUUGCAUAUGUACUAUACACGAAAAAAUGAAAUUAAUGGUUGCCAAGGUAUUAUUUUUGAUAUAAAACGUCCUUGA